GCAGGGACAGGCAGGGAAAGGGGUGUGAGAGGUAAUUUUAACUGAGAGCAAGUGCUCCAGAGAGAGGGAGAGAGCAAGAGCAUGUGUGUGGGAGGGACAGAGAGUGAGAGAGUGUGAGAGCAAGUCAGCGGACGGGGGGCUGUAAAUCCGUUAACAGGGGCGCUCUGUGCAUUUGUUAGACAUCUUGGCUGUCAGCCCAACUUGGCUCAUUGUAAUCAAGGCAUGAUCGUGGACUCCAAGCAGCCCUCUCCGCCACCUCGGCUGUUGCCUCGCGCUUGGACCCAGCCCAGGUUUCAACGCUGACAUGGAGAGACCUACCCCCAGUGACGUCAUGUUGAAGAAAGAGAAGGAUGUGGAGCUGGAUAAGAAGAUUGAGGCGCUCCGCAGGAAGAAUGAAGCACUCAUGAAGAGGUACCAGGAGGUAGAGGAAGACAAGAAGAGAGCGGAGAAGGAAGGAAUGAUACUGCAAAGCCCUAAGGGUAAAGCAGGGGACUUAACCAUCACCAUCAACAAGUCUACCAGCGAUCCUCGUGUUGUGAUGACCAAACCAGGGACGGGUGGUUCUCCCACCACAAAGUGGGUCCAGGAGCUUGGGGAGGGGGAGGCGGAGGGGAACCUGCUGGGCUCUGGGCGGGGCAGGAGGAAGCAGCUACUGGUCACCAUGGCUGGCAACACAAAGGGUAAGAGGGUGGUGAGUGAGAGGCUGGAGAGAAGACCAGGUCCUGGUCCCCUCAGUCCACUGGAUGUGAAGAGCCCUACAGAGGACAACCAGCACCGUGUGGAAUCAACAGCAAGAGGAAAACACCAGCACACUCACACAGCAAAGAGGGACACAGGACCACAGGAUGAAGUGGGGCAGGGGAAGUGUUUGACAGAGGAGCGUCACUGGCUGUCAGAGUGUGAGCCUUACCACCAGGAGUCUGAGAGGCUAGACCCAGCGGGCGACACAGACCUCACCAUCCCCACGUCUAAAGUGGAGCAGCAGGAGUACUUGUGCUGGAAGAUGGAGCGUGAGCAGAUCGACCGUGAACGCUUGGCGCGCCACAAAAAUGCCAAGGGCCAGUGGAGGCGGGCAUGGGACAUGGACAAAACAGAGAAUAUGUUUUCAGAUAAAUCUCCUAGGGAGAGAGAAAGGGGGCCUACAGCCAGAGGAGGAAGAAAUGCAAAGAGGGGUCACCCCAAAUCAAAUGCUGAUCCACUGGGUCAGCAGCUGGGGGGCAAAGACAAGCGGGGUAAAAAUGUUCCAGUGGUCAGCAGUAAAGCCAAGGGCAAGGACCGGCUGACUGGGAGGGCCAGAAGAUGGGAUGCCAGCGAGGAUGGGGAGGAUUUGCAGGCCUCUAGGACUAGUUUGGAGGAAUUCUUAGAAGAGCUUGAUGCUUUGGCUGACCCUGACAUGGAUGACUCAACUGCAGAAACUCCAGAGGUCAAAGAGGGUGACCUCAAAAUGGAGUCUUCGCUAACCCUGGAUGUGGUGAAGACUGAGAAAGUGAGUGGAAGCGUCAGUCCUGGCCUGGACAAGGCCGAGACUGCUCAGGCCCCAGCCGACCCCCUGGAGGACGGGACAUCCAGACAGGGGAAGGCUGAGGCCUCGUCCCCUCAAGCUACAGAGAAGAAGGUCCGCUUCUCAGAGGAGCUCAUCAAGGGGCCCGGGGCCUACGAGAAGCCCAGUACUGGAGCCCAGAACUCUGCCCGCUCACAAACCAAGGGCACCAGCGUGUUAAAAGUUGCCUCCCCCAUCAAAAACGGACAGAAGUUCGAGGAGCAGAAGCAGUCCCCCAAGGGCGACCAGGAGGAUGCUGGUAAUGACCUGGACUGGGGGGAUCGGCAGGCUGCAGCUUUCCAGGCACAGUGCUCAUCUGAUGGGCAUAGACAGGGUCAGGAGGGCCCUCCGUUUCUUGAUGCCUCCAAAACAGAAUGUGCUGAAAGCGGCCAUGACGGUGUGCUCAGCCCUGUUCUUCUCAUUUCACACAGCGAUGCCACUCCACAGGAUAAUUCUGUCCAGCCUUUAGAGCAUGCCAAGAGCAAUACAGAGGAGCUGAUUGACUCCAGUCUGUCUGUUCUCAGCCUGGAGUCAGGAGAGACUCACCCAACCCACACCACCAGUACCGAUAAGGCAAGAGAAAAUGGGAAGAUUGUUUGAAGGACUUUUGACGUUGCUGUAACAUUUUCUAGAACUGAACAACAACAUGCUUAAUUAAUUCAAGCGUUUACCAUGAGCCUUAGUUUAAUACCGCACUUGCUUCCAAUAACUCUUUGUAGAUGUCCUGUGUCUAGUUGGUCAGGUUAAGACUAACACGCGCAAUGUUGUUUCUUUUGAAAGGAUGCUAGCUGCUCAAGGUGGGAAAAGGAAACCAUACAUGUUCAAGUGAAGUCAUUUUGAGCCUUUUGUCUGCUUGAAAAUACUUUGCUUACAAGCACUUUAUUCUUUAUUCUUCUUUAUGAGGUAGGAGUACUGACAUGUCAUACAUUACUUAAAGGUGGAAUCCUUAAUGGUAAAACCGCUACGUCCGUUUGCGAUAUUACAACAAAGAAGUUUUCUCCUCUGACAUCAUUACACGCGUGAUAGAAGAGCACAAUAUUUAUUGCAAUUUUCUUUUACCAUGCUGCACGGUGCUCCUCAGCUCAGCAAUAGUAACAAUGGUGGUGGUGGGGCGGCCAGCGGCGCUGUUUCCCCUUACUGAGGAUUCCAUCUUUAAGUGUGUUAUUUGAAUGGCUGUUUUUGUUUACAUUUGAAGUAUUAUUUCAAGGUACCAGUCCCAAUGCUUGUAUUAGUUCAGUUCCUAUGGAUGACUAACCUACAUAACCUGAACAGGCCCUGCCAUUAACCUUUGCCAGCCUUAGCAGUUGAAUGACAAAAUAUAAUUAGCAUUAUAUGCUAAUAGUUGUACACUGACUUUAUUUACAGUACUAGUCAAAAGUUUGGACACACUUACUCAUUCCAUGGUUUUCCAUUUUUUUUAAACUAUUUUCUACAUUGUACAAUAAUAAAGACAUCAACUAUGAAAUAACACAUGGAGUCAUGUCGUAACCAAAAACAUGUUAAAUAAAUCUAAAUAUAUUUUAUAUUUGAGAUUAUUCAAAGUAGCCACACCUUGCCUUGAUGACAGCUUUGCACACUCUUGGCAUUCUCUCAACCAGCUUCAUCAGGUAGUCACCUGGAAUGCAUUUCAAUUAACAGGUGUGCCUUGUUAAGUUAAUUUGUGGAAUUUCUUUCCUUCUUAAUGCGUUUGAGCCAUUCAGUUAGGUUGUGACAAGGUAGGGGUGGUAUACAGACGAUAGCCCUAUUUGGUAAAAGACCAAGUCCAUAUGUCAAGAACAGCUCAAAUAAGCAAAGAGAAAUAACAGUCCAUCAUUACUUUAAGACGAAGGUCAGUCAAUCUGAAAAAUAUCAAGAACUUUGAAAGUUUCUUAAAGUGCAGUCGCGAAAACCAUCAAGCGGUAUGAUGAAACUGGCUCUCAUGGAAAUUAAGACCCAGAGUUACCUCUGCUGCAGGGGAUAAGUUCAUUAGUUACCAUCCUCAGAAAUCUGCUAUUAACUGCACCUCAGAUUGCAGCCCAAAUAAAUGUAACAGACACAUCUCAACAUCAACUGUUCAGAAGAGACUGCGUGACUCAGGCCUUCAUGGUCAAAUCACUGCAAAGAAACCACUACUAAAGGACACCAAUAAGAAGGGACUUCCGUGGGCCAGGAACUUGAGCAAUGGACAUUAGACCGGUGGAAAUCUGUCAUUUGGUCUGAUGUGUCCUAAUUUGAGAUUUGUGUUCCAACCAGUGUGUUUCUCUGAGACAGAGUAGGUGAAUGGAUGAUCUCUGCAUGUGUGGUUCCCACUGUGAAGCAUGGAGGUGGUGUGGGUGUACUUUGCUGGUGACACUGUCUGAUUUUAUUUAGAAUUCAAGGCACACAACCAGCAUGGCCUCCACAGCAUUCUGCAGUAAUAUGCCAUCCCAUCUGGUUUGAGCUUAGUGGGACGAUCAUUUGUUUUUCAACAGCAAAAUGGCCAAAACACAUCUCCAGGCUGUGCAAGUGCUAUUUGACCAAGAAGGAGACUGAUGUAGUGCUGCAUCAGACUCACCCGACCUCAACCCAGUUGAGAUGGUUUGGGAUGAGUUGGACCGCAGAGUGAAGGAAAAGCAGCCAACAAGUGCUCAGCAUAUGUGGGAACUCCUUCAAGACUGUUGGAAAAUCGUUCCUUAUGAAGCUGGUUGAGAGAAUGCCAAGAGUGUGCAAUGUUGUCAUCAAGGAAAAGGGUGGCUACUUUCAAGAAUCUAAAAUAGAUUUUGAUUGGUUAAACACUUUUGGUUACUACAUGAUUCCAUAUGUGUUAUUUCAUAGUUUUUAUGUAAUCACUAUUAUUCUGCAAUGUAGAAAAUAGUCAAAAUACAGAAAAACCCUUGAAUGAGUAGGUGUUCUAAAUCCUUUGACUGGUACUGUAUGUAACUUUUCUAAUUAGAAAGCUCUGACCAUUGCACUUAACGACUGAGAUAUGAUAGCUCAUUCGUUCAUAUGGUAGUUUACAGCUUGGUUUGGUGAAACCAGUUACAUGAAGUAAAAGUAAAUUCAAGUGCAUUAUUUUAGUGUGGGAAUGAUUACUUUGAAAACCAUAACUAUUGAAUUUUAUAUUACAAAUGCUAAAAAGAUCAAAUGUAGUUAAAAUUGUUUCAUAUUUAUUCAAAUAUUUUCGGGGAACCCUUUGACUUUAAAUUUUGAAAUGUUGUGGUAUUAACUAACUGUCAUUAUUGAUUUUAUUUAUUUAUUCUCUCAUUUGGACUACUGAUUGUCAAAUAUAAUUUGCUGGAGAAUAAACCCUUGUUGACAUGCA